AUGGCGUCUUACCUCGCUCUGAAAAGGCUGGUAUCAUCUAAACUCAGCUCGCCGUCGCUCCUCCUCCGUCCGGUAAUGACGGUUCGUGUGGUAGCACAGCCGCUGUCCUCCCGACUCUUCAAUACUAACGCCGCCCAUGAGUACGACAGCGAUGACUGCAAUCCAGCUGUCGGUCGACGAUCUGGCCGCCGCCUUUGCUCUCCUUUCUCAGUUGAGGCGAUUGAUCCAUUAUCGUUAAGGAGCAUGAACCAAAUCCUGAACGCAACUGACCUAUUUAAGUACUCUCCUUUUGCAUCUGGCAUUCCUCAAAACUGUGAUGUGCGGGAGACGGGCGACGGCCUCCAUCUUCGGAUGGACAUGCCAGGAUUGGGCAAGAAAGAUGUCAAGGUCUCGGUGGAGCAGAACACUCUGAUCAUCAAAGGGGAGGGUGAGAAAGAAUUCGAGGACGACGAGAGUGGUAGGAGACACACUGUUAGGAUUUUUCUUCCAAAAAAUCUGUACAAGACUAAUGAGAUCAAGGCAGAGAUGAAGAAUGGGGUUCUGAAAGUGUUGAUACCCAAAAUUAAGGAAGAGGAGAGGAAUGAUGUUUUUCAUGUGCAAGUUGAGUGA